CCUUACUUCACAUCAAACAGUGCAAGCUGAACUUGAAACUUGGUCAUUUCUGAACAUGUGUCUUCUGUAACAGAUUGUGUCUUUGAAAUUCAAGGUUACCGUUCAUACAAUUUCAGGACUGUGAUAUCACAAUGACCUCUAACAGUUAUUUGGAUCCUUCGACAUCAGUUUAUUUGAAUAAAAAGACAGUCUUUUCUGCCAGCCUGAACUUAGCCACCAUAAGAAGCGAAGGUUUUAUCCGUCCUCAUUAUUCACAUCAGGUUGACCCAUGGAACUUGAAGCCGCCUGAUUUCUCUCCUAAACUCUACACAUCUCUGAGUGUCCCUCGAAGGAAGAAGACAAAAAAUACACAUAAUCCUUUACUGACACUUGCCUCCAGUGAGACAGUCUUAAGUGUGGACAGAUUUACCCCAAACAUUCUAAUUCCUGAGAUUGACCAGAAUAAAAAAGCACUGCCAAAAUUCAGCACAUCAUACAGACCUCCUGGCUCUUUAGAAUCCAAGCUGAUGUUUGUUAAAACAGGGAAAUACCCUCCUGUGGCCUACAAGAACCCUAAACCACAUAACUUUAGACAGCUUGCUGAUGACAUGCCAAAUAUGGUUACUGCAGCUGAAAGGGAUCCUGGUCAGUUGAACUUCAAAUCUCAGCACCUGAGUAUAAUUAGGGGGACCAAAUCGGACACAGACAUUUAUUCAAGGGAACCUUUUGGGAAGAUGGACACCUAUAAGCCAACAGAGCCUAGAUGGGAGGCCAGGCUCACACUCCCUAAAUUGCCUUGGCCCCCAAAAUCUGCCUCCUACACUAGACACAGGCACAGACGCGGAGUGUACAGUGCUUUCAUGGACAGAGUAGAGGAGAAGAUCUCCAGCUCUUGGAAAACUGGCUGACACUUUGACCUCUAAAGUCUUCUAUGGAGUCCACAGCUGUGCAGUGAUCUGUGCAUCGGCUCCACUAAAAUUUCCAGUGUGUUAAGCCAGACAAUAUGUUCUAAUCUGGGUGUGUGAAAGGCAUGGCUGAAAUAUUUGUAUUCACAGAAAGGAAUCUUGCAGGCUAUAGCCUAAUAAAAAUACUUUGAGGUAUCAUGAAAAUACAAUAAUUGUAGGCUAGACUAGAGAGUUCAUUGCAAAACAAUUGCCCAUGCCAUGACACUUUUUGAAAGAUGUCAAUUUAUCUAGGCCUAAUAGGCUAUUGUGUGUGUAUAAAUCUAUUCUCUCAGACAAUAGGCAACAAAGAUAAUCCCAGUAACUGGAAAAUGUAAACAAAGUGUGUCAUUACAAUGCCAUUGAAACUAAUUUCUAAAAUGUAGGCCGAAAUGCAAUUAAAGUUCACAAUUGGAGAGCAGCUAAACCUCGCUUAAUCCAGAACAAAAAUCUGGAGUAAUUAGUCAGAUGCUCGAUUAAAUUCUGGGUCCAUACAUGAGGGAGGGAGAAGGGAACAAACAGCUCCACCUGUUCUCUUCGCAAGUUAGGGGCAAAUCUAUGGGCCAAAUGUUCCCUCCCCUUUCCGAAAUUCUAAAGCACCAGAAAUAAUGCUCCUCAUUAUCUCACACUUCCCAUUGUAUCUUGACAAAUGAAUGUACCAUUUAUGUUAAAGUCGUCUGUCAACAAGAGAUUAGAGAGCAGCCAAACUAAUUUCGGAACCCGGAACCAAAUUAUUGAAAAUGUUUGUUCAUGUAGCAAUUACAAGCACAUUCCUAUUGCUAAACGUGCCCUACAUUUGUAGGCUAUAUAAAAGUUUGCAUUCGAGAGAAAAGUUAAGUAUAUUUAGAAGUUGUAGCCUACACAUUGUAUUCCUGACCUGGGGGGUAUACUACAAAGCAGCAUCAAUGAUUUAGCCAGCUAACUUUUAUAAGCAACCAGAAAUAACUUGGUUUUAUGGUUAAUAAAAUAAAAUUGUUGUUAAAUCAAUUAGACCAUGCCCAUGUCAAGCUUAUCUUUAUACAAAAUAAAAAAUUAUCAGAAUAUUGUUAUAAUCCUGUUUUGUAGUAUGCCCACAGAGUUUCUAAACCUUGUUAUAAACUGAGUGGUUCGAAAGCUGAAUGCCGAUUGGCUGAAAGCCAUGGUAUAUCAGACCGUAUACCAUGGGUAUGACAAAAACAUUUUUUUACUGUUGUAAUUACGUUGGUAACCAGUUUGUAAAGCAAUAAGGCACCUUGUGGUAUAUGGCCAACAUACCACCAUGUCUGACUCCAGGUAAAAACUGCAGGUAGCCUAGCGGUUAACAGAGUCCCACCAGUAAACGAAAGGUCGCUGGUUUGAAUCCCCAAGCUGACUGGGUAAAAACUAAAAUCUAUGUGCCCUUGGGCUAGGCACUAAACCCUAAUUGCUCCUGUAGGUCACUCUGGAUAAGAGUGUCUCCUAAAAUGUAAGACGUUGUGCUUAAGAAUAGCCCUUAGCUGUGGUAUAUUGGCCAUAUACCCCUCUGCAGUAGACCAUGGAUAUACUGACAAGAUACAUGUCCCUCUGCCCUAACGAAACCUUUGUCCACAAAGCGGCAUGGAGGGCUGUCUCGCUCCCGCCUAUCCUUUCUUUGAAUUGGUUGCUACAUCACAUUAUUGUAAUCCCUUUUUAAAUAUUUGAUUAGGGUCGUUGACGUCAACCGCCUGUAUUCAAUCUCGAGACAACUCCAAUAUGAAGUGUUUGUUAUUUUCAAAGUUGCCGGGAUGUCACGUACCCUAUUUAUAACAGUACAAUCGUAACAACUUAAACAUUACAAAACUUAUAUUCGAUCAAAUAAACCUCGUGUUGCAAAUAAGCCAUUAAACGCCACCUGCUGUAGGGAGGCAGAUUUUCCGCCGAGUUGGACCCCUCACUCUGUCUGUACUCGCCAAUUUCGAUUGUUUGUAAACUGGUUCGACCUGGAUGGCGCGCUUUGGUCACGUCCACAUUUUAUCCAACAGGUGCUUGCGCUUAGUAAUUACAAUGUUCUUUGUUGAUGGGUGUUUGCCUAAUAUCUUUCUUCGUUGAAUAUUUAUGUGACAUUAUGUCCAGAUGUGUUGAAAUGUAUUAUGUAUUUGCUAGUGAUAUUGAAACUAGUGAAGUAUUGAGUGAGAUCUUUAUUUAAACUGAGGAAAUACCUGUUAUGUUCAUUUUGGAUUAUCCCAGUUUUAAGGGUUGGGUUAUUAUUAUGAUUAUUAUUAUUUUUACCUUACUGGCCUCAGAUGGCUCAUUUUCGGGUAAAUUUAGGCUGGAGUGGCAUGUUGUCCCAGCUGGGGCUCUGCUAAACUCAGCUGUGUGAGGAAUUGUCGGCACUCUGCCUA